UUUUGCCGGCACCGCAUGGGGGGAAUGGGAGGGCUGCGCGGCUGCUUAAGGCAGCGGGUGGUCUUGGCGGCUUUGCGGCUGACGGGGCUCCCCACCUGGCCCCCCGGCAAGGCCCGCUGCGCCGUCCCCUCCCCCUCCUCCCGGCCAGGGCUUUCCACCUGCGUCUCUCCCUGGCGGCGCGGCCUCUGCACGGCCGCCUUCCUCAGCCGGGCGCCGCCUCGUUUCCCCUCGAGGGCCGGCAGGGCGGAGCUCUUUCCUUUCACGCCGGCCGUGGCCGCGAGCAGCCGCUUCACCCACCACCUCGGCGGCGAAGAGUCCCAGGAAAUGCCCGCAGCCCCCCGCCCCGACCACCGGAGCGAGGACGAAGGCGAGCCGGAGAGCCUCAUGGAGCCCCAGACCGCCGUAGAGGGCAGCAGCGGCAGGAAACGCAAGAAGGUUAAAAAAGAGAAAUCCAAAAGGCACAAACUGAAGCGUGAAAAGCGCCAGGCAGAGGAAAAUGAGCUGUCUGAUACAGAAUUGGAACCCCCCAAACCCAAGAAGAUUAGGAAAAAGAAAGGAGUGAAUGAUGAUGUUGAAGAGAUAAUUGCAGAGACACAAACCCCUGUAACUAAUGGUGUUAUCCACUCAGAAAAUAAUUCGUGUGAAGAAUCAAGUACAGAGUGUGACAGUGACCAAGAACAGGAAUUAACUGAAGAGCAAAAAGAAGGAGCCUUUGCCAAUUUUAAUCUCUCUAAAUCAACUAUUGACCUUCUCAAAGCUCGAGGAGUUACCUACCUUUUCGAUGUCCAAGUAAAGACUUUCAAGCCCAUCAAUGAGGGCAAAGAUGUGAUAGCCCAAGCUCGAACUGGAACUGGAAAAACAUUUUCUUUUGCCAUUCCUUUAAUUGAAAAACUUCAGGGAGAUUCACAGGAAAGAAAGAGAGGUCGCACUCCAAAAGUGUUAGUACUUGCUCCAACCAGAGAACUGGCAAUGCAGGUAUCCAGAGACUUCAAAGACAUCACCAAGAAGCUCACUGUGGCAUGCUUCUAUGGAGGAACAGCAUACAAUGGACAACAUGAUUUAAUUCGGAAUGGCAUUGAUAUCCUGGUUGGGACUCCAGGGCGAAUCAAAGAUCACCUUCAGAAUGGCAAUCUGGACAUAUCUGGUCUAAAGCAUGUUGUCCUGGAUGAGGUUGACCAGAUGCUUGACAUGGGCUUUGCUGAACAAGUAGAGGAAAUCUUAGCAUAUGCAUAUAAGAAAGAUUCUGAAGACAAUCCCCAGACGUUACUUUUCUCUGCAACUUGCCCACACUGGGUUUAUGACGUAGCAAAGAAGUAUAUGAAAUCCAGAUAUGAGCAAAUUGAUCUGAUUGGAAAGAGGACUAAAAAGACUGCUAUGAAUGUAGAACAUAUGGCUAUUGAGUGCCACUGGUCCCAAAGAGCAGCGGUCAUCGGCAAUGUUAUUCAAGUCUAUAGUGGUAGUCAUGGACGGACUAUCAUCUUUUGUGAGACAAAAAAGGAGGCAACUGAACUGGCUCUGAAUGCCUCAAUAAAACAGGACGCACAGUCUCUGCAUGGUGACAUUCCACAGAAACAAAGAGAAGUCACGCUGAAAGGCUUUCGAAACGGGUCAUUUGGAGUUCUUGUGGCAACUAAUGUGGCUGCCCGUGGUUUAGAUAUCCCAGAGGUUGAUCUGGUAAUCCAGAGUUCACCACCAAAAGAUGUAGAUUCCUAUAUCCAUCGUUCUGGGCGCACAGGUCGAGCUGGACGGACCGGGAUAUGCAUCUGUUUGUAUCAGCGCAGGGAUGAUUAUCAGCUAAGACAAGUAGAACAGAAAGCGGGAAUUGUUUUUAAACGUGUAGGCGUUCCUACAGCAACAGAUAUAAUAAAAGCCUCCAGUAAAGAUGCAAUCAGAUCUUUGGAUUCCGUUCCUCCUUCUGCCAUUGACUACUUCAGACAGUCUGCCGAAAGGCUGAUAGAGGAGAAAGGAGCAGUGGAAGCACUGGCGGCAGCAUUGGCUCAUAUCUCAGGAGCAACGUCCAUUGAACAACGUUCCUUACUCAGUUCUGAUGUGGGUUAUGUGACCAUGACAAUGCAGUGCUCAGUGGAGAUGCGCACCCCUGGCUAUGCUUGGCGGGGUUUGAAGGAACAGCUGGGUGAAGACAUUGACAGCAAAGUGAGGGGAAUGCGUUUUCUCAAGGGGAAGAUGGGUGUAUGCUUUGAUAUUCCUGCUGCUGAACUAAGUAAAAUCCAGCAAAUGUGGCAGGACUCACGACGCUGGCAGCUUUCUGUGGCAACGGCAUUGCCAGAGCUUGAAGAAUCACCACGCGAGAAUGGCCGAGGUGGCGGCGGCGGCUUCGGCUCAGACUUCAGAAACGGAAGGCGAGGUGGCGGCUUCAAUCGAAACGACCGGUUCAGAAACAGGGGCCAAAAACGAAGUUUUGAUCGGGCUUUUUGAUUGCUCAGUAAUAUACAUGGGACUUAGAUCUUUUGUUUUAUCAGAAGUAAAGUCAUUUACACUUA